AUGAGUACCAAGCUCCGUGCAGCGUGCGAUAAUUGUCAUCGGGCAAAGGUACGGUGUUCGGGCCAGUUGCCGUGUCAAGGGUGCCUCAACACCGGCGCCCUGUGUUUCUUCAGUCUUUCAGACCAACUCGGACGUCCGAAGGGGACCAAAAAUCGAAGCUCAGAAGAAAGCCGGAAGAGAUCCAAUACCGGUACCAGCAAAGCUGCUGCCGCCGCUAAAAGAGCAAAUAACAAUAAGCGGCCUGGACCCUUAUCGAAUAACAAAGACUCCUCUAUCAGCUGUCAACCAGCUACUACUGCUACUACGGCUUCUGCUAAUAUUACCCCUGAUAUUAAUGACCAUGAAUUGAAUGGGUCGAGUUCCGGAGACAGCUACAGAGAAGGAUUUGAUUUUCUAAACUCACAUAACACUCAUGCGCCGUUCGAUGGCUCGUUACACAUUACUCCUAAUGAUUCCGACUUCUCAAACUUAUUAUGGACGACUGACACCGGUGUUGAUUUUGUGCAUGAACUUGGAUUAUCGAAUGAAAACGAGGUCAUGCUAGAUCCGAUUUCAGCCCUCUCAACCGUACCACCAAUGGAUACAUUACUGGGCAAGCAACCCGCUAGCACAACAAACUCGUGCGCGUGUAUGCAGCAACAGGUCGAUCUACUAUUCAAAUCAAAAAUUCUGAACAAUUCCCAACCAGGAAACAACAAUGCCUCUAAUAACGAUGGGUCGGUCGUUUCGAUCGACGUCGCCCUAGCCCUCGUAGAGGAAGGCAUGAAAGCAUGGCAGACGCCGAUAAUGUGCACCUCAUGUCGAUGUAACGAUGACCAAGAAGUCAUACUCCUGGCAUUCAUGAGUAUCCAAGCCGUCACUCGGUACUUCCAGCGUCUGUUGAUAAGGAACCGAUCCCAAUUAAGCGGCACACCACCACGCCACGUUGACCCUGGCCAGUGCCCCGCCAGGACUCAGAUGACGAUUGGCGCUUUCCAAGUUCAGGGCGAAGACCGGUUGCUCUUAUUGAAAACACUUGUCCUCAACACCGUGCGGAAGCUUAGUUGGAUCUUGACUUCGUUGCGAAAGAUACUUGAAGAGAAAGUUGCUCGCUUUCCGCCACAUGAGACGGCUGCUGGCGAUACGACACAUUCCGUGUUGCAUGGUGAUGUUUGUUAUACCCAGCAUAUGUUCAAUGGGCUUGCUGGCUCCUUGCAAUCGAUACAAGAUUUUUUGAGUCAUCCUUGA